AUCACCUUCAUGGCUAUCUACGGCCUCUGGGUCAUCAACAAAGCAGGAGGGCUGGUCUAUCAACGCAACUUUGCAGAGGGAUUAGCACAACUCACUUCAAAUGAAUACCUCGUUCUUGCCGGUACGCUGCACGGCAUCCACGCCAUUACAAGUCGGCUGUCACCCAUGGGCUCUAGUUCCGGGGCUCAAGUGAUCGAGGGAGAGACUUUCAAAAUGACCAUCUCGUUAACGGUCACUGGAACCAAAUUUGUUCUUUUGACCUCCCUAGCAGAGAGCAAAGCGGAUAUCAUACUGCAGAAAGUCUACGAUAUUUACGCCGACGCUGUGAUGAAAAAUCCUUUCCACACGCCAGAAAUGCCGAUACGUAGCGAAGGGUUUGAUGCGCGGAUAACCUCGCUCGUUGGCACGGGCCAGACUUAAUAUCCACCGCCUGUACAAGUUCAACUUGGAAUAUAUAUGUGGUCAGGUGACAAGAAACACUUGACCUUUUUGU